AUGCUGAUUGGCUCUUGCUCCGAUGAACAUGUCGCUGAGCUUGUCAAGGGCUGCUGCCUCUCUCGUUCUUCGGGUCCCAACUCUCCCUACCCUGGUGGCGCACCCAACGCUUCGUCGCGCGCGAUCAAUCCUCCCCCGCUGGCACUCCCAGAAGCCGCUCAACCGCAGAUUCCCGCCGAAAGACGUCGCCAACACCGUCGCAGUAAUCGUCCUCUAGAUCAGCAUAUCGAUAAGCCUUUGCGACGACACGAGUGGACUUCCCGCGAUCGCACCUGGACCAAGAGUGAAUUGGCAAAGGAACGAGCUGCCUUCUUCGAUACAAGAGUCACCGGCAGGCCUGAGAUAUGGCAGACUAUUCAUGCGGGGCUGGCAGUCUUGUGGGAUCCAGCGGGCCAAGAUGCUCAAGAUGACGGGUCCAAUGGCCUUGCGACGGCUCAGAUGAUCCUAUCCGCUGCUGAGAUCUCUCUGCCGACUGGCAACCUCUCCAAUGGCGUGUACGAUUCCCUGGGAAAUUACUAUCAAUUGCCGGAAUGGGUUGUUUGCGAUCCGCUGAAUGUGCAAGAGGAUCGAGAGGAGGGCGCAAAGAGCAAUCUUUCAAAUGCUGGCGACGACACAGCAGCGGAUGAAGAAUUGAGCGAUGAAGAAAUGGAGGGCAAGAAACAAGAAAAGGGUAAAGAGGUGGACGAUGCCCAAGUGACAGUCAAACUACGAGCCAGACUCAGUGAAAACGGCCAAGAUAUCAAAGUCACCAUAUAUGAGUCGGAUACUGUUCGUAGUGUAGCCAAAAAGAUUGCUCUCGAGGCUGGCCUUGCGUCGACAAAGAAGAUCAGGAUAGCAUACAUGGGCAAGAUUCUCAAGGACAAUCUGUCUCUCACGGCACAAAACUGGCAGACUGGUCAUGUUGUCAAUGCCCUUGUCUUUGACAUUUGA